AUGUUCCCAUUGAAGCUUGCUCCAGAAUGGUCUAAAUCCAUUCGUGUCAUCACAACAUCCGCUUCAACAUCACCUCCUAUCAAUAACCCUCGUGAUUCCCUCGUCGACUCUUUCCCCGAAUUUGUAAAUCCACUCCCUCCAUUGACGCCCUACAAUUCCGCCCAAUUCUUGGAUCUCGUCGAGGAAGUCAGACUCGCCAUCGCCGAUGGUAUACAACCACUCAGAAUCAAACAAGGCUCCUCAGGCUCCUAUUUCUGUCGCAACAGACAAGGCGAUAUAGUAGGUGUAUUCAAACCAAAGAAUGAAGAGCCGUAUGGCAACCUCAACCCGAAAUGGGUAAAGUGGCUGCACAAAAAUCUGUUACCGUGCUGCUUUGGUCGAUCUUGUCUGAUUCCAAAUCUGGGAUAUAUAUCUGAAGCCGCUGCUAGCUACUUUGAUCGGAGACUGGCAUUGGGUGUGGUGCCUAGAACUGAAGUCGUGGCACUCGCUAGUCCUGCCUUCUUUUAUGGGCCACUGGAUCGUCGUGCGUAUGAAAAGAAGGGGAAAUCACUACCUCCUAAACUAGGCAGCUUCCAGAUAUUCUUGCGUGGUUAUAAAGAUGCUACAAUCUUCUUCCGGGAAGGAUAUGAUCAAGUUUUGAAGACUGCUUCUCAGAUUAGCCUGCCAAUAUCUGCAAUUACAGACGCCAACUCUAAUAGUGUACAUAGUAAUGGUAGUACCACCAACGGUAGUAAUAACGUUAAACGGCCAAUGUCUCCUAUACGAGGAUAUGAUAGUUUUGGUAGUCUCAGCUCCUCGCUGUUACGACCUCAACCAAACAAUAGUGCAUGGACAGAAAAGACACAACGGGAAUUUCAAUAUGGUUUCGAACGGCUCGUAGCCAUUGAUUAUUUAAUUCGCAAUACAGAUCGUGGUCUUGACAACUGGAUGGUCAAGUAUAAUCCUGACUUGGAAGAAGCGAAUCCACAUCCACAACUACCACCACCUGCAGGAGAGUCAAACUUGUCUCAACUUUUACAUAGAAAUACUAGUGCACCGCCGGAACUCGCAGCAAAUGGAACGUCAACAAGUAGCGGUGGUACUGCUGGAAAUGGUGUAGAACAUGAAAACAGUACAAGUCAUAAUGUCAAUAAUCCCGCUAUAAAUUCACCUUUAUCAACCGCAUCUUCCGCAUACGUAUCCGCCACAACUCCAUCAUCAGCAAUGACACCCACUUCAGCAAGAACAAUCACAUCAAUAAACAUCGACACAUCGCCACCACUAAUCCCAGAUCUCAAAAUAUCAGGCAGAAACAGAUCCACCGCUACCCAACAAACUCCUCCAUCAAACAUAUCAACAUCAUCACAUAGUGGAAUCGUAGCUUCUUCAUCACCAGCAACACCACAUCCUCUACAUGCUAUUCAGCAACCAUCUAUUCGUGUGGCUGGGAUAGAUAACGGAUUGGCAUUCCCGUUUAAACACCCUGAUCGAUUUAGAUCGUAUCCGUUUGGAUGGGCUGCAUUGCCGUGUGCUCGUGUACCCUUCUCUGCUGCAACGAGAGCGCUUUUGCUGCCGUUGUUGACGUCGCAGGAAUGGUGGAAGGAUACGUUUGAUGGGUUGGAGCUGCUGUUUAGGAUUGAUCCAGAUUUCAAGGAGAACAUGUGGCUCCGUCAAAAAGCAGUCAUUCGCGGCCAAGGAUACAAUCUCGUUGAAGUCCUACGACAAUCAGAACUCAACAAUCCAGAUACAGGAUCACCAUGGGCUCUCGUACGUCGUCCAGUCGUAGCAGUCUUUGAAGAAAUAGUGCUAGACACCACCGCUACAGGAGACGGUCUUGCUAGUGCCGGCAGCGAGCACGAACAUGGCCAUGGGUUGCCACGACGGAGAGCUUUCACGGAAGUCCGGCAUCGCUUUGAGUCGUUUACGCGCUCUCGGCCGUGCUUUUCGUGGUGUUGA